AGUGCAGAUUGAUAUAUGGAAUAUAGGUGUUAAUCAAUUUUAUCUGGUGGGAUUUAAAAUUUCACUAUAGUGCAGAUUAAAAUUUUAAUCUUCAUUGGAUUCUUGUAAGUGGAAAUUGCAAUUUAAUUCCCAUGCACAAUACAAAAAUAUGUCAAUUACAAAACAAUCGUAUACAAACACAUGAGGAAAAAAAUAGAAAAAAACAGAACUGGCAUAUCCGGCAAGUGGGAAAAUGUCAGGGGAUAUAGAAGAGGCACAUCAGAACAAAGUAGAAUAAGUGGAAAAGAAGAUAUGCGAUCAAAUAUAGGGAUGAUGGUGAUCAUAAGCAUUUAGUUAAUUACUCAAGCUAUUCUAGCUGAUAAAAUAAAUACGGACUGGGGCCUGUUUCUUAAAAAAACUUAAGUAGAAAAUCUUACUUAAGUCAAAAAAGACAAAGGCUUUUUUGGACUUAAGUCAGAUUUUCUACUUAAGUUUUUUUAAGAAACAGGCCCCUGGUCAAUAUUAAUAGCAUUUAAGGGCAACCAUUUUUGAAUCAAUAUAAUAAUUGGUGACUUCACGGUCAACCUACUAGUUUGUUUUGUAUAGCUUUCUAUUUGUAAAAGCUAUGAGUUUGUUCUUUCUUCCUAUCUGUUGUGUUUCAAGACAGUUGGAUUAUAAACUUCUUGUUAUUGUUGGUUGUAAACUGAUUACCAACUAUAACUUCCCUCAGGAUCUUAUUGAGCAUUUUUGCAUUUUAUAUUAUUAUGUUUUUGCAAGUGCCCAAAGGCGUUACAAUAAAUACAAAGUGCGAAAAAGAAACUAAUUUCAUGAUGCAGAAUUCAUUAAGGAUGAAGACCAAGAAGAGUUUGAAAGUUAAACGAUGGGUCAAGUAUUGUUUAUAAUCUCGAGGUACUGCAUUUUUUUUGACCUACUGAUCAUAAAAAGACUCCAUGUGUAGGAAAUCUCAGUUUUAUUACUUUAGCCAAUGUUCUAUUUAAUAUGAACUGAUGUUUCGACCAGACUUUUUUAUAAUAUGUUUGUUAAUUCAAAUCAAGACGAAAGACGUUUCUCAGAUCAAACCGAAACCAAAAUUAUCCGGAUGAUAAGAUUUGAAAAAAUAUUUCGUCAACACCAACAACUUAAUCUCAUUCUAAUUUGUUAAGCCAAUUACUAACGACUAAAGAUCGUCGGAUUGGGUUCCUCGUGAAGAAUGAAGAUUAAACAUUUUUGACUUUUGACCGAAAUAAACGAAAUUAAUACAUCAGAGAUUUGAUCCUAGCACACAUUGAAGUAAACAAAUUACAACUGACAAAUAAGACAAAAGUAGAGCCGAAGUUUAACCACAGUUCAAAUAAUAGUACUAUUAACAUUAAUAAAACUACUUGACGCAUGUUAAACCGAUAAUUUUAAAUACAACGAAGUUAACAAAAAAUCCUGUGUUGUUGUACCAGUAUUUGUCUAUUGAAAGAAAGUAGGACUUCAUAGAGAUAGCUUUUUCUUCGUAGAUUUUUGCUAAGCCAAAGAAUUUUAACAACGCAGUCUCAUGUCUAGAAUUCACUAUCAUAAAUAAAACAUCGGUGCACUAAAUUAUAUUCCAUCGUGAUACACACACCAUUUCCAUACUCAAAAUACUAAUCACCACUUAUAACAGGUUGAAAAAGAUGUUGCGACAGAAUAUAAAGAUACGAUGUUUAUAUAUAAACGUGUCCGCAGUAUCUCAAUGGGAGCAGAACGCAUGAAUUGUCAUAAACAACUUAUCAGGUUCGAGCCUCUGGAUUCGAACCUUGGUUUUUUAAAAAAUCUUUUUUUGUUCAUUAUUGUUUAAAACUCAAGCAAAGUGCUGAGGGAACUAUUGUGGGUAGACAAAAAUAAUUUUGCUAUAAGAAUUUCAUAAGAACUCAAUACGAAACUAAUAAGAACUCUUAUCACUUUCUUAUAAAAUUCUUAUAAGAUUCUUACUCGAUUCUCAUCUGAUUCUUACGAAAUUCGUGCAAGUUUCGUACCACUUCUUAUAUAAGUAUCUGGUAACAACCGGAUAAGAUUCUUAGCAAAAGUAGAUAAGAAGCUGGCAAGAUCUUUAGCAGAUACCUGUUCUAUUCUUAUAUAAGAAUUGAUGUCUAGAGUGGAAAAUGAAUGUAAAGUGCCCAUGUACUAAAAAUUGCAUAAAAAUCGGCAAUUAAUCGUGAAAAAUCAUACAAUUAAUCGUGCGCUUAAUCGCGAUUAAUUGACGAUUUUUGGUGAUUUUUAGGCGAUUUUAGCGAUUAAUCGCAAUUAAUUGACGAUUUUUUUCUAGGUACUAGGUUCGAACCCAUCUUAGGAAAUACAUAUUUUUUUCUGUUUUUUCAUUGUUUAUUACGUAUAAUGACAUGUGCGUCACACAGCAAUGGUCUUAGCACCAGCUGGCGUCGGAGUCUUGCCGACGAGUCAGCUUUAAACAUUGCCCACAUACCAGCUGUUCAGUGGGCUUCUCGGUUUAAAGCUCUGAGGAACAAUAGAGAAGACUCUUGACAACUCCGUUGUAUUCUAAAAUAAAAAGAUGAUCUGAAUAUAAGUGUAUUUUUCGCUGAAUCGUGCUUCUUAUAUACAAACUUUAUUGCAAAAGAAAACGGUGAAUAACAACAACCAUUUAAUCACUUAAAAUCAACAAUUAAUCGCAAUUAAUUGAUGAUUUUCGUGAUUAAUCGCGAUGCUUGACAAAAUCAUCGAUUAAUCGCGAUUCGGGAAAAAAUUAUCACUUAAUCGCGAUUAGAUGACCAUUUUUUCCCGAAUCCCGAUUGAGCGUCGAUUUUUUCAACCAUCGCGAUUAAUCGACAAAAAUGAAGCGAUUUUCAGCACAUGGGUGUACAUGAUCAGAGUCUUCUGUAGGAUGAGACUAGACAUGAAUAAGAGUUAGUAUAUCUAGCAUCUAAAUAUUUAAGAAUAAGAAUGAAAUUUUCCGUAUUCAACCGCUUUCUUGUUUAUCAUCGUAAUUGGCGCUAUUAUUUCAUUAGCAGAGACUACGCUGUAAACGAGAAGACAAAUUUCUCUAUUGUAGAAGUAUGAAUCGUCGUGCUGAAUAUCUUUGUAUUCCUCGUCAACGUCGAGAUGCUAUAUGGAAAUUUUGGCAACCUAAUGCUCGUCUGGAAAAAAUAUAUCCUUUUGUUCAAUGGAAACCUCUGGUUUACAAGAAACAAAAGAGAAUAAGCGAGAAACCAGAGUUAUGGCGACAACAAGCAUGUUACAAACCAUCGAAGGUUGUCUCAUGUAGCAGAGAUCAAUUAAAAGAUGCUUGUUUUUAUACUACACUUUUUUAUAAAUGUACACACAAUAAACGAAUAUCGACAACGAGGACGGAAGAUGAUGUAAAACAAUUUCGAAUCUAUGUUGAUUUUGCCCAUUAUGAUCUCAAACAUGAGUCAUGGAAAGAACUUCAUAAACUAACGGACACUGAGCAAUACAAAACAAAUUUGAUUCAAGAUGAAGUGGAUUCAACGUUAACGUGGGAUAAUUUAGCCCGUACAAAUAAACAAGAAAGACGAACACUUGACGAUCUAUAUUUAAAACGACGUGAAAUAUCUCGUCUAAUAUCAUUAAGUAAUCAAAAAGAAAAUUUAUUUGCAUUAGAUAAGACUUUUUAUCCGAAUAGACCAUUUUCAUUAUCACGACGUCCACGGGAUAUUUUGCAUGUUGAUUUUUAUCUACCAAACGAUUUUGAACAUGCAAAAACAGAUUCUGCCACAUUCAAGACAUUUAUACAUAGAAAGUAUUUGGUAAACUAUGAUCCACACAUUCCAUUUCGUCUGAGAGAACAUACAUUAAAAGACAUCGUAAAUUCGAAGCUGACAGUCUUUUAUCAACAACAGGCACCGAACUUUGGUCUUGAUAUUGAAAUUGUUGGUCAUUUUAUUCUGUAUCCGAAUGAAUUAUCAAAAGAAGAAAUAAAACUUUUUAGUUUAUCGACAAAAUAUGGGGAUAUUUACAACGGACAUAUAAUCAGAAUAAAAAAUGAUAAACUAAAAGAAGAAAAACUAGUUCUCUUAUUGGCAUCUGCACGACACACCGACAUCAAACUAGUACCACCAAUCGACUUAGAAAAGAUAAUAACUGAUGCACAAACAUUUGAUUCAGACAGUAAAAAUUGGACAACAAUGAACAUUAUUCCGUCAUACUUGAAUACAAAAGUUGAUCCAUACUCAACUAUUGAACGUAUUGUUAUUGAAAAAGUUCGCGAAAAAAUGCAUGCUAAUAUUCAUUAUACGAUGGAACAAAUUCGUCAUGUGGAAGUUGAAAUAGAACCAUUUAAUGGAAAUCUAAAAGCACAAAAACAACGACAUAUAAUUGCACAUUUAUUCACUGAUCAAACUCAUCUGUGUGAUAUUAAUUUAGAUAUUGAACGUAGUGAUUAUCCGGAAUUAUUCAAAAUUGAACAGCAGAUAAAUUUUUAUUUUUUACAAAGUACAAAUGAGAAAAAUGAAUUGCAACUACUUGAAACAAAGUUGAAGCGAUUGUAUCAACUUAGAGAAAGAAUUAUACAUAAUAAGAAAGAGGAAGAGGGUCACAUUCUAAAAAAUGAAAAACAAGAACAAGACGAUAAUAAUUUAAAUUUUUUCGAAUUAACUGAGAAAGAUGAAUAUGAUACAAUGAUUAGUCUUAAAUGUGUUAUUGAAUUGUAUUCGUCAAAAAUGUUUAGUGCUGCUGGUCGUAAUGAAUGCAUGCGUUUAGCAGUGGAACAUGGAUUCGAUGAUAUACUCGAUUAUUUUGACUCUAAUGAAUACAAAGCGAUUGAUGAUCGCGAAAUGAAAACAAAACAACAACAAUUAUAUUUGGAAGAAAUACGGUUAAGAUUACAAAAGUGCAUUCAACAGCGAAUGGAAGCAGAAUCUGUUGCUCAAAUAUUAUUAUUUGGAUCUCCUGUUAACAAGAAAAUGAGUGUGACAGAUUGUAAUGUUACUGUUUUGGACAAACAUAAAGAAAUAUUUGUUAAACAACAUCAAACAUUUAUUGAAACAUCAAAAAUUAAAACAAUGCAAAGAAAAGAUGAUAGUGUUGUCUUUAAACAAAAGACAAAAGGUCCUUUGGCGUUUGAUCGCUUAAUGAUGACUACAGAUUCACUCACAAUGCUAACACGACUAAAAGAACGACGUCGACAGGAAGAGAAAGAACAUGAUAAUGAUGUAUCGUUGUUUAGCAGUGAUAUGACUUGUGUAAAAAUUGGUAAAAAACAAGUAACAAAUAAAAAAUGUUUAUCAUUUGACUGUGAUAAUGUUCAAACUUUAAAAACAAGACGUUGUCAUAUGUCUGAUUUGAGUGUUGAUCAUUCGACACCUAAGGAUAGUAAUAAUAGUCAUAGUAAUGAGCUAAAUAGUUUAAAAACAUCGGCAAAAACAAUAACAACAAAAAGUCAAAAUAAAUCAGCAAAUACCGAGAGUAUGAGACAAGAAAAUAAUUUGGAAAUAAUGAAAAGAAAAGAAUUCAAGCGAGAAAAACAUCCACAAACACGUUCAAUGGCAGAGCAUGAAAAAAAUAGAGAAAAGAGGAAACUGGAUAAAAAACGAUAUUUGUUACUACAAUGUGGAAUAAAAGAUGUACAAAAACAGCGGUUUCAGAAUGAAAAAGCAAUAUAUCAGUUGCCAAAAAAUUUAUUUUUAUUUCAAGAACAUCGUAACAAUGUGAAAAAUGUGAGUUACAAUGAUCGAACGAAUAAUGCCGUCAAUCAGGAUGACACAAAUCAAUUUGUUGCUGUGGCCAAUAUAAAUGCACUAUCAGAAGAUUUAAAUUUAAAAAGUGGUCUAUUGAUCGGAAUUGAGAGUGAAGCUAUUAUACCUGGCAAUCUUCGAUCUCCUCGAAGUAUGAGGCUUCAAUCGCUGAGUCAAAAACCGUCCGAUCGAUACAUAAAUCAAACAGAUAAACUUAAUGAUGAUAUAGCUGAAUAUAAUCGUCGAAGUUUGCCCAAUGGAUACGAGAAAAGAGAUUCAAUUGAUCAGGAUGAACAGGUAUCAUCAACUAGUGACGACGAUUUGAAUGGAUCCCCUAUUGAUCGUACACCAUCAAUUUUAUCGUAUAAAUCUGAAAUAAGUGCAUCUCGUAUAAGUCUGAAAUAUAGCAGUAUCAAUUCAUAUACAUCGGAAAUGGCACUGGAUGAAGAAAAUAAAAGAACUUCUGUGAAAAAUAACACUUUAAAAUCUGAUGCUGAUGAAGAAGUGAUAGAAAAAGAUAUUAAAGAAGUCGAAGAAGAAUACGAAAAUAUCGAAGAUCUGAUCUCGAUUAAAGGCGAAGAAGAAGAACUGUCCAUUGGAAAACUUGAAGAACAACGCUUAGAAAGUGUUACUGAGAUAAACAGUAACGAUGAUAACAAACGAAUAACAAAAAAUUGGUCAUUGAAACAAUUACAAGUAUCAAAAACGAUUGUCGAUGUCUAUAAUCAUAUGCCCACAAUUAAUAGAGAAUUUAGUGAAGAUUUUGAAGAUAUAAGAGAUGUCGAAACUGCAGUAGACGACGAGGAAGUAGAAUCUAGUGAGGAAAUAGACAGUGAAGAUACGGAACAAGAAUUACAGUCGUUGUAUGGUUCAUUAUCAAGUGCUUUGAAGCAAGUAGAAGAUAUUUAUCGUUCGAAAGCCACAAGGUUAAGUUUAACACAGGAACUAACACUAAUAUUCAUUACAUUUCUUGAUAUACACAAAGAUAUUGCAUAUGAAAUGGCUUCGAUAAUCAUAGAUAGUCGAAGUCAAUUACGGAUAACAAAAGAUAUUCAUUCACAUACAACAAUAAAACAAAAAUAUCGAAGUAAGAUGCAAAGCGCUGACGAUCUGGAUCAAGAUGAUAAUAAAAGUGCUCCGAUCGAUGAUGAUGACGAAUGGAAAAAUUAUGCAGACAACAAAAUGAGAAUUGGAGGCACAAUUACAACUGUUCAUGCAUUAGAAUUCUCAUCUGCUUUGUUGAACGAUCUCAUCGAAGAAUCCGUGUAUAAUAUUUAUUUUCGUACAAAAUGGUGUCAUAAAUUUGACAAAGAUAUCAUGGAAUCAUAUAUCGAUAAUAGAACAAUAAAAGAUUUUUUAGAAAAAUCUCUCGCUAUUUUAUUAAUUCGUCUAAAUUUGAUUAACUUACCCCUAUUGGAACAUAUUGUCAUGAUUAGAUGUUUAAAACGGUAUUCAUGUACGAAUUUGUAUCAGGAUAUCAUAUCAAAAGAAUUUCAAGCUCCUCCUAUUAGUUGUGAUCCAUGUGUUUGGUAUUCAACCGAUAUCUUGAUAAAAACCAUAUGUUCAAUGAAAGAUUAUAUUCUGUCAUUUCUAGAAUACGAUUAUCUUUCAUCUUAUGUUCAAUUUGAAUAUUUAUUGACCACUUAUUUUCGUAAAAUUCAAAUAAUUCUCAAUAUAAACGAGUUAGAUCAAUACGAGGAAAAAGAAGAAAAAUGUUUAUUGCAUGUGAUUGAUGUUAAACAAGCACCAAAGUUUUUUUCCGAAAAGGCAUUCAAACGAUUUCAGUUGGGUAAAAAUAGUCAAUUACACGAUUUGGAAGAAUUAAAAGAUUUAAUUCUAUUAGAUAUAUCAAAAAAAGUUAUAAAGUCUCGAAUAAAAGUGGAUAUACCAUUAUCAGAAGCCGAUUUAAUUUCUAAACAUAACAAACGUGUAAUUCGACCAACAACGUCCAUUCUAGUGGAACGAUUCUCUAGAAAGACACAAGAUCUAUCACUUGAUCAAUAUAAUUUUGAUCCCUCGCAUGAAGAAAAAAUGUCAUUAUACUCUGUCGAUGAUAGAAUCACACCCGAAUUAUUAGGAUUAUUUGGGCUAGAAGUUGGGAACGUAUUCGAACAAAUGGUAAAAGCGUAUGGUACCAAGGAUCUUCAAGAAAAAAAACGCCGAGAACUGUAUGAUGGUAAAUCAGAGCGCGACAUUGUACGUUUGAUAAUAGCAGCUAUAGAAGCUGUUGAACGUUUUGAUAAGGAACAUGUUAUUGGUAAUCGAAAAUUAUCAACAAAAAAAAUCAUUGGUGAUCGUUUGACAAAAUAUUUUGAGCAUUCCGGAAAAUUUGGAAUUCGUUUUCUUGAUGAUAUAUUAAAUUUGGCUAAAAGACGUUCAAAUAAUCGUACCAAAUAUAUUCCAAUGGCAAUAAAUAUGUUGAAAAAUAAAUUAAAUCGAUUAGGAUCAAAGGAUUUGAAAAAAGGUGAUGUGAAGUUCAUGUAUACGUUGGAAUCAUUGCUAAACGCAAUAGAUGAUGAACGUGACAUAAUUAAUACCUUACUUGAAACAGAGGCUGAAUUUCAAAUUCAAAUACCUGAUCCAUAUCGUUAUUUGAAUGUCGAUCACUUAGAAUCUGAUACAUUAUUUCGUCCAUUGGUCACACAAGACGAAAUUUCACUUAAUAUUACAAAUCCAUUUUCGAGAGAAUUAGAACAAGAAUACAAAUACAAACAUAUACUUGAACCAAUUCUAGAGGAAAUCGGUGAAGAUUUUCCAGUAUCAUCAUCCGAAUUGACGUCUUUUCAUGACUUAUCGACAUUUGGUUUGUCAAGUGGACAACUGUCCACACUUAUGACCGGUCAUAUAUCUCGUCAACAUGAACAAUUAAAAAUUAGCAUGUCUCAAAUAGAACUAAUUGGUUUAAAUCAAGGUUUAUCAAAAGAUCAGUUAAAAAUGAAUAUGCGUAGAAUAUCACAAGAGAAGACAAAACUUCCUCAUCGAUUUUAUUUAACACCCGAACAAUUUGUAUUAGUAUCCGUGAAUGAGAAUAUAAAAAUUCAAGAUCUUACCCGUAUCCCAAAGAGUCAAUGUAGUUUUCGUUUAAAUAUACAACAAAUACGUUGUCUAAUAAAGCAAAUGAAUCGGAAUUUAAAAUCAAAUCAGUCAACAGCAUUAACAAUCCAAAUCGAUCAAUUAAUUGCAUUGUGUGCUGUCCAUCAGAUUGAAUUAAAUACUCUAUUGAAAACAUACGAUGAUGAACGAGAAUCAUCAGAUAUUGAUAUUAAUUUUCAUUUUUUACCAGAACAACUAGCAUGGCUUAUGAUGCAAAAUCAUUUUGAUCUAUCAGAGUUGGAUUUGAUUGAAAAGAAUUUAACAUCUCAGUUACUACCACCAGUAUUAUUUCGAUUGAACAAAUCACAGUUUGAGUAUUUAUUUGCUAAUCAACGAAUAGGGCACGAUGAACAAGAACGAUCACAAACGAAUGGUUUAACACCAUCGCAAUUGAUCGCGUUGUAUACGCUUCAGCAACCAUCAGCAACAGAAAUAGACACCAAUAUUUUCAAGAAAUCAAAACAUUUUCUAUUAACGUACGACCAAAUUGAAAAUUUAGCGAUAAUUCAAGGUAUGACACUUGAGCAUUUUAAAUCAUUACGUGGAGUCAAACAGCAAUUGUUUCUAAGUAGCAUCCAAAUUGUUCAAAUAGCUAUUGAAAAUGAUAUUUCAAUCAAACAAUUGUUAUCUUUUCCUCUUGUUCAACGUACAAGAGUCAUGACACAUGAACAAUUAUGUUCCAUAAUAUCAAAAAAUCAUAAACCAUUAUUGAUAAAACGGCAAGAUUCGAUUAAUAAACAACGUUUGUUUUUAACUAUAGAACAAUUAUUAUUAUUAGCGACACGUUUUCAUGCUAAAGCUGAUGAUUUGAUGGCGUGUACUGUUCAAUACAAUAAUAGUGAACAUUUUCAAUUACAUAGUGAACAAUUGACAACAUUACGACAACAUUUAUCAAAUGAUGAAAUAGAAGAAGCACAUAAUAAACUAGUGUCAUCAAAUUUAAGUUUUCCGAAUCCAUCGUUUACAUUAACCGACGAACAAUUCGGUAUAUUAUUAUUCCAGUUGCCACCAAGUGCUGCGCUCACAAAGAUAAAAAUCACAUCACCAACACUCAAUAUCAGUCAACAUACACGAACUUCCACCACAUUCUCACCUAAAUCUAUGAAAGAAUUAAUUCAACUAACAAAUGAUCGAUUGAAAGACAGUGUUUUGAAAACUAUUCAACUCAUUCAUCAAGCAUCAAAUGUACCAUUAAAACAAGUACACAUCGAAUCGGCAAUGGAAUUUAUUACAGAAAUUAGUAUGAACACAAUGGAUAAUGAAAAACUACAAGGAUUUGAAAUGAUGCCUGCCUAUGUCAUUGACGCUUUAAAAAUCGGUGAAAUUCCGAUUAUUGUGUAUGAUUCAAUUAUUAAAAAACAAUUGACAACACAAAUGAUUGAUGAAAAAGAAUAUGAAAAUAAAAAUUUACCACAUGAAAUUGUCGACAUGAUUCGAGAAGGUGAAUUAAGUCGAACAUUAAUUAAUGCUUUAGAAAACGAGAAAACAGAUCGAUCAAAAAUAGAAAAAAUACAAGAAAAAUUAUUGUCACCAAUGUUAAAUGAAGAAAUACAAAAUGGAACUGUAUCAAAACAGGUAUUAGAUGCAUACAAAAGUCAUUCACAAAUGGAACUAUUGCAAAAAAUUCGUCGUACAACAGAAGCAACUGUAGAACAAAUAACGAAUGCUGAUACCGAUUCUAUACUAACUCUGUCAAAAAGUACUAUACGACACAUCGAGAAUGAUCAAUAUCCACAAGGUUCAACAAUUGUCAAGGAAAAAUCAAAAGAAAUGAGUAAUUUUGUACAAUUAUUUAAAACACCCACUUUAUCACAUAGAGAAUCAGUAAUAAAACGUAAAAAUAUCAUUGAAGAACUUCGUCAUACAUUAUCAAAUAUUAAGGAAAAUAAAGAUAGUUUAAAACAAGAAUUUGGUAUUGAGCCUAUACAAGGCUCCGUAUCCAUACAGAAAAUAACAGAAAUGUAUCGUGAAACUGGUAUAGCUAAAGAAUUAGAAAUAAUAAUUGGACGUGAAAUUGACGAAGUAGAUGUCCUGAAUAUGCUGUCUGGUGAAACAGAAGAUAUUGUGUCUCAAACAUCGAACGAAUCAAGAUUAAUGAUGUCUCAAAAUAUUGCUGAAAGAAAUGAACGUACAAAUUAUCGGCUCAAUUUAUUUCAUCAUUUAAUUACAGACAUUGAACUUAUUCGAUUAAAACGUCAAUUAACAACCGAUGAAUAUUUGUCCGUGGUAUGUGAAGAUAUUGAACAAGUUGAAAUGCUGACAAAGUUAAAAUUAAAUAUUAAUGAUUUGAGAAUAAUUACCAUGGAUCGUUUUCAUAAUGUCAUUGAACAUGCACUAUCGACAUAUCAAUUAAAUGAAUCAGAAAUCAGAACAUUUUUGAAUGUUGUGGAUAAAGAACAUUAUAUUGAGCAACACUUGCUGAAAAGAAAUUUAUCAUUGGACGAAAAAAUUGAAUUAGAAGAAUUAUCGGUGUUGCCCUAUUAUCAAUUAUUUGAAGAGCAUUUUUAUCAAGUAAAAAGAGAUAUAUUACAAGGAAAAGUAAUUCAAACAUUAGACAACUUCAAGAUAAUACCAACACAUGAACAAUUACAAAAAGUCUUAGAGCAACGUGCUGAAAUUGUAGAUCAAUAUGAUGUGAUUUCAGCUCUCAAACACGUAUUUUUUCCCAUUGAAAAGUUAAUAGAACGACGUUUGACAAUUGACGAGAAAAAAAGUUUGGCUGCUAAUGACUUUAGUGUUAUUAAUAAACGACCGAAAAAAGAAUCGUCAGCAUCCAUAAUACGGGCAAAGAUCAAUCGUGACAAAGGAGAAGAAGAACAAAUAUUGUUAAUAAACCCUGUCAUCGAUCAAAUUAUUGAAAAAGAUGAAAAUUUAAUUGAUAAUUUGAAAAAAUUAGAACUUCAUCGAACAGCAAAAGAAGAAAUAAUUGAUGGUUUGAUCGAUGAUAAAGAUAAAUUAGAAAAAUCUGUAGAUAAACAAUUAGAUUUAAAGUCAAUUAAAGAUUUGUAUGGUGAAUGUUUUGAACAAAUUACACGGGAAUUAGAUCGUGAUUUAACCGGAGAAGAAUAUUGUAACUUAAUACAGGGAAAAUUUAGUGAUAUUGAAAUAUGUCUUGGUCGUCUACUAACAGCGAAUGAAUGCAAAAUGUGUAUGUCUAUCAAUUUAGCUGAUGUAGCGGCAUUGCAAAUAAAAAUGGUAAAAUCCAAGGAUGAUGCUAUAGAUGAACGAGAAAAUAUAUUAGAGCAUUCACUCAAUCAUGACGACGUUAAGCGACUAAUUGAUGAAGAACAAAAAGAUCCUAAGAAAUUAUUAGAACGUGCAUUAACAGAGAAGGAAGUCAAUCUAUUAGUAAGAAAUACAUCGAAGAAAUUCGAUCAAAUGUUGGGUAGUCAAACGGAUGAAACUCAGCUAGAAAAAUGGAAAUCGAGCGAAUCUAUUACUAAAAGAAAUUGUAAAGAAUCGAUUAGUAUGUUUGACAGUCAAUAUGACAUAUUUCCAAAUUCACUCGGACAAAAAUUGACCAAAGAGGAUUUUCUUGCGUCGGACAAAGUGCUAUCGUCAUCAUUAUUUACUGAUCCAAUACCAUCCGACCAACGACGACUAGAAGUCAAUUUGCAUACGCUGAAACAGCCGAUCUAUUUUGAUCUCGUAGAAAUUGAAAACGCCAUCGAAAGGAUACUAACCAAUGAUGAGCUUAACAGAUUUGCGAGUACUCGAUUUACUCAAAUACAAAAAGAUUUGAAAAAAUCAUUGACAGAUGUUCAAAUAAGCAAAUUGUUGAAAGGAGAUAUUAAGAUUAUCGAAAAAACCUUAAAUCGUCAAUUGACAUUGGAAGAAAAAGGUCCACAUCUCAUUGAUUUAGAUGCUAUAGAAGGUGUAUUAACUCGUGAAUUAAACCUACAUGAACUUGUCCGUUUGGCAGGAGAUCAGUUUGAUGAACUCAGAAAAACACUAAAUCGACCAUUAUUACGCGACGAAUUACGAGAACUAAUAAAAGGAAAUCAACUAAUAAUAGACAAAGUCAAAUUUAUCGAAGUCAUAUUGAAUCGACCAUUAUCAUCACUCGAGUUGUUACGGUUUGCCCAUGUACGUUACGAUCUAUUGACAGAACUACUUGGAACAUGGAUGACAGACGAAAUGAUUUUAGAGGCAUCCUGUGAAAUUUAUACCCGAAUUGAGAAAUUUUUAGGGCGUACUUUAAUAACAGAAGAACUUGAACGAUUGAAAAAAGAUAAAAUAAAAAUCGAAGAAAAAUAUCCGAAUUCUAUUGAUGAAAUUGAAUAUAUCAUCGGGCGUCCAUUGAAUGAACAAGAAACACGACGCUUAGCUGGUAAUAAAUUUGAUCAGUUAGUAAAAAGGUUGGGACGUUCACUGACUGUUGAACAGUUACGAGACUGUUUGAGGGGAAAUUAUGACGAGACAUUAGGUGCUGAAUUUGAACAAGAUAAACAACUUAAACAUGCGCUGAAACAAUUGAAAACGGAUGAAGUAGUCGAAAAGGGCAAAAAAGAAGAUUCAGUUGAGCGAGAUCAAGUUGUGGCAAAACAACAGGAGAAGACAGACGAUUUCAAAAGUCCAAAAUUGGAAGACUUAUCCAAACUAGAACAAUUUGGAUUAUUACAAGACGAUCAAACUAAAGAUAGAACAGAAAAGAUUAGACUAAUAUCAUCUGAUGAUUUUCAAACUGAAAAGAAGUGGACUUAUAAAAGAUUGUCGGAUACUAAAGGAAAUAUUGAUUUUGAUCAACAUACGAUGAAUUUACUAGACCAAUUAACAGAUGUUAUACAAAAUUUAUCAAAAAAGCAACAAGAUGACCUUCAAGAUAUUCAAGAUAGAUUACAUCGAUCAUUAAUCCCGCUAGAACUACUUGGUGCAUUAAAUAAUGAUUAUUCAUUAAUAGAAGAACAUGAAAAUCGAAAGUUAACUGAUGAUGAAAAACUUGCCAUACGUCGUUUAAUAAGCCCAGUUCUGAACAAGAAAAAAGCGGACGGAAAAUCCGUUGUUGGAGAAAAAUCAGUUGAAGUGAUAAUACCACGAGUGGUUUCACAGAUUUCAUCUAGAGAACAUGUCGAACCUUUUAUAUCGAUAAAAGAAGCUAUAGGUGACACGUCGUCAUAUCUAUCUGGAACAUCGUAUCGAUCAGACAUGAAACAAAUAACGCCGGUCUUAAUCGAUCAUCCAUCCACAGCGUCAACCCAUCAACCAACAGUAUUGAAGAAAUCAGCAAAAGAUAGAACAAAACGUAACGAAAAUGUGCAUAGUGGCUGGAGCGUACUAAAAGCUGCUGAUAUUGCUGAUCGAGGUGUACCAGAAAGAUAUGCUACAAAUAAAGCAAAACAGUAUGCCACACUUGUUUAUAGUGGUGGAGAUAUACCAAAAAAGUUACUCAAAAUGCCGGCACUCAAAGAAAUCAAAAUGUACAUUAGCGAACUAAUAAGGUCACAGCAAGAAUCGCAAGCCACUCAUCUGAUUAUACCAUCAAAACCCUAUUUUGAAAAAGAGACUGUUAUGUAUGAUGAGUAUGAGAAUGAAAUUAUCGAGAUUUAUGAGGAAGAUGAUGAAAUAUGUGACAGUCCCGAAACACUCCAGUGGUAUAAUGAAUGUCUCGAACGAAAUAUACGAAUUCAUGCCCAGAUACCACUUGGGAUUACAAAUUCUGUUAUCUUUUGUCAUACGGGACGACAUGGCAUUAUUAACCCGUCAAAGCGAUCUAUUCCAUUUUCAGGACAACCAUCAACAAAAGAGAAUAUACAUGGUUUUAGUGGUAGUAGUUUGUCAUUGAAAGGCGAGCUAAUCGAGAAUGAGAAAGAUGUGUUUCUUCAAUUAAAUGGUAAAAAUGACGUUAAUGUUGUCGAUUAUGGAAUUCAAGUGAAAGAACUUCCUAGGACAACGAUAACAGAAUUAAUUUUGGCUACAGUUACACGAUCAAACACAGGCGAUUUAUUAGAAGUGUUAGACGAUUUAUUUUCAGAGGAUAAUUUAUUACGAUAUCAAAUAACCGAAGCACAUUGGCAAGAAAUAUUUUUGAUAUUAUUAAAUACUUAUCUGCAAUCACAAUUAACAAAUCGUAAAGAGAUAUUUCAACGUUUAACAAAUAAAUUGAACGAAUUAAAGAAGAAAAAUAUCGGUAAAUUAUCAAUAUUACAAGAGUCAGCGGUUGAAUCCAUAGUUCCAAGAAAAAGUAUGGCAUCCAGAAUUAAUGUUGACAACAGAGUCAAGUAUUUGAGAGAAGGAGAAGUUGAUGACGAUUAUGUAGGUUCACGUACUUCAAAUCUAUUAGAAAAAUCGAGUAUUUUAUAUCAAUCACCAGCAUCCUAUACAUCACCAUCACCGUCACAAAAUUAUUCAGCCUCAUCGACGUUGAUGCAAAAAGUACACUUAUCACAAAUUAGUCAUCGCCCAAUAAAAGUUCAGCCAGUCACCACCACAAGUGACAGUAGCAGUAGUUCAAGUCUCACAAAUAGUCAAACGAAUCUCCACAAAGAAUUGAGCACCAAUAAUAUGACAAUAACUUAUUCAACAGAACAAAAAACCUACAAUUCAUCAACAGUGGCUGCUAAAAAAAUUAAAUUAAAUAGUGGACCGAAAAAAUAUAAAAUUAUGAUGUUAAAAAGUGAUCAUACUCUAGAAACCUACCCAGACAGCAGUCCGAAAAAACAUGAAAUAACGAAUACGGCGGUAAAUAAAACUAAAAAGCUCUAUCUUAAGUUAGCCUUAAGACUUAUUCCAAUUGAUAUAACAACUAAUUCAAUCGAAUGUCCAUUGCAAAACAAUAAUAAUGUAAGAUUUUAUCAUUUUUAA